AUGGCAAAACAACAACCACAACCAUUACACGUACCUUCACUGAUAAGUCGUGGUACACUAUGGUUGGAACUGCGUCGCAGCCCUACAACUCAAUGGCCUGGGGCUAUCCUGGCAGUCCCGGGUCUCCUGGGUCUCCUGGUAGUCCCGGGUCUCCUGGGUCUCCUGGCAGUCCUGGUUCCCCUGGCAGUCCCGGUGGCAGUCCUGGUUCCCCUGGCAGUCCGUCCCGGGUCUCCAGGCUCUGGGCCAGGUUCUAUCCCCUACCCAGUUUGUCAUGGAUGCAUUACUGUUACGACCACUGGACCUACCGGUUAUGUCACUACUCUUCCACCAGACUCUGUGGGGGGCAAGAGUAUUGUAAUUGUAUGCAAUGGCCCGGAAACCGUCACGGUGCCUGGUCCCCAUUGCCAUCAAUGCGCUACUGUCACUACCACUGGACCUGUCGGCUAUGUCACCACUGUUCCUCCCGCCUCUACAGGUGGUAAGAGCACUGUUGUUGUAUGCAAGGGCACAAAGACUGUCACGGUGCCCCCUCCACCUUGCCAUAAAUGCGCCACUGUCACGGUUACUGGAUCUGUGCCUUACUGCUAUACUGUUCCCCCUGUCUCGUCGACGGGCGUGAGCACUGUUGUUACGUGUCCUGGAAGAUCUACUGCAUUCACCACAGAAACAACCACCGGAUCUGUUCCUGGAACAACUACAAUUCCACCACCCCCAGGAUGCCUGACGUGUACUGGUACUGUCCGUGUUACUGUCCCCCCUGGAGGCUAUACUACCGAGACUGUUACUGGUUCUGUUCCUGGAACCACCACGAUUGCCCCGUCGUCCGGGUGCCUAACCUGUACUGGCACUAUUCGUGUGACCGUUCCUCCUGGAGGUUAUAUCACUGAGACAGUCACUGGCUCUGUCCCUGGCACAACCACAUUCCCACCCUCUUCGGGAUGUCUGACGUGCACUGGUACUGUCCGCGUUACUAUUCCUCCUGGUUACAUUACCGAGACAGUCACUGGAAGUGUUCCUGGUACAACCACAAUCCCACCUUCCUCGGGGUGCCUAACCUGCACUGGCACCGUUCGUGUGACACUACCUCCUGGAACAUAUGUCACCCAGACAGUCACUGGUUCUGUUCCCGGCACAAGCACUGUUACUCCUGACUGCUAUACCUGUACGGGUACUAUCCGUGUUACUAUUCCCCCUGGAGGUUAUGUAACCCAGACAGUCACUGGGUCUGUUCCUGGCACAAGCACUAUUACUCCGGACUGCUAUACCUGUACAGGCACCAUCCGUAUCACGACCACUAAUUCAUCGUCCCCUGGACCGACAGUUACCACCAUUACUCGAACAGGCUCAACAACCGGCUUAACUACUAUUCCUCCUGCCACAAGCGGUGGCACAGCUACAGUCAUUACAUUUGUUACAUCUACUGCUGUCCCUCCCACUGGACCAGUUACUACGGUUACUCAGACUGCCUCCACAACUGGUUUAACCACAGUCCCUCCCGCUAGCACUGGCGGCACAGCUACAGUCAUUACCUUUGUUACAAGCACUCCAACAGGAGGUCUCACGACUAUAACAUCUACCGGAACUGGUACAGGCCUGACUACGCUCCCUGCAACUAGUGGUGGCAUAACUACAGUCGUUACCUACGUGGCCUCUUCUACCGUUCCGUCUGGUGGGCUUACGACUGUGACAUCUACCGGAACUACAACUGGUUUGACAACUCUGCCCGCUACUAGUGGCGGCAUUACCACGGUCAUCACCUUUGUCACUACUUCUUCUAUCCCUCCUGGUGGUCUGACGACUGUAACGUCCACUGGAACUGGUACCGGUCUGACCACGCUGCCUGCUUCUAGUGGCGGCACAACUACAGUUGUUACUUAUGUCAGGUCUUCUGUCCCCCCCGGUGGUCUUACUACUAUCACCUCAACAGGUUCAACAACUGGUGUUACAACCCUCCCUGCUACCAGCGGCGGAACCACUACGGUCAUUACCUUUGUUGCUUCUUCUUCUUCUGCCCCCCCUAGCGGUCUAACGACUAUAACAUCUACCGGAACUAGUACAGGCGUGACCACUCUGCCUGCUACUAGUGGCGGCAUCACUACGGUCAUCACAUUUGUCACCGCUUCUUCUUCUGUCCCACCUGGUAGGCUCACGACCAUCACUUCAACAGGUACAACAACUGGUGUAACAACCCUGCCUGCAACAAGUGGUGGCACUACUACAAUCGUUACCUUUGUCACUUCUUCUUCUUCUUCUGUUCCUACCGGAGGUCUUACAACUCUUACUUCAACAGCUUCAACUACUGGUAUAACAACCUUGCCUGGCGGUGGUCCCACAACAACUGUCAUCACCUAUGUUACCGCUUCUUCCGUCCCCCCCGGUGGUCUCACGACUGUCACCUCGACAGGUUCAACAACUGGUGUAGCAACCCUACCUGCUACUAGUGGCGGCACCACUACAGUUAUUACCUAUGUGACACCAUCGUCUAUCCCCCCGGGUGGCCUUACGACUGUUACGUCCACUGGAACUGCUACUGGCGUAUCUACCUUCCCACCAGCUACCAGUGGUGGUACAACUACAGUUGUUACCUACGUGACAUCGUCGUCUAUUCCCCCUGGUGGGCUCACAACUGUCACUUCGACAGGUUCAACAACUGGCUUGUCCACAAUCCCACCUGGUCCCAGCGGUGGCCCAACUACGAUCAUUACCUAUGUCACUACUUCUUCCAUGCCCCCCGGUGGCCUCACGACUCUUACCUCAACUGGUUCUACUACAGGUUUAUCCACAAUACCGCCAGCUACUAGCGGCGGCACGACUACGAUUGUUACCUAUAUUACUGUACCUACCGGAGGGCUCACGACAUUCACUUCUACUGCUUCAACCACUGGUGUGACAACUCUACCUGCUACCAGUGGCGGUAUAACAACUGUUAUUACCUAUGUUACUGUACCUACAGGGGGUCUUACAACCUUGACUUCUACUGCUUCAACUACUGGUGUAACAACACUCCCAGCUACUAGUGGCGGUACAACAACAGUUGUUACCUAUAUCACCUCUUUAAUCCCCCCUACGACUACUGUUUUCACCACAGGUCCAACACCUGGCACAACUACACUUUCCGUGUCUUCGGGAUGUACGACUUGUACCCAGACGGUUGUCAUUACUAGUUCUACAGUUGGACAAAGUAGCAGCGUAUCUACUGGCAGUAGUAUUGGCAGUUCUGUGAGUAUCCCUACUGUCACAAUCACUGCAACAGCUAGCACUACUGGCCUUACUACUUUACCAUUUACAAGCGGUGGCACAGUCACAGUACAGACCUUCGUCACUCUCUCCGCUAGUAGCAGCAUGCCUCCUAGUAGCAGCACCAGCAGUAGCCCAUUGAGCAUUCCUACUGUCACAAUCACCAGAACAGAUACUACCACUGGCCUUACAACCCUGCCUUUCACAUCAGGUGGUACAGUGACAGUAGAAACCUUGGUCACUGUCUCUUCUUCUAUUCCAGCCUCAUCUUCUGGUAUUUCUUCCUCUUCAGGCUCUUCUUCUGGCAUUCUUUCAAGCUCUGCCUCAAGUACUUCUUCUACUUCGCCAGGUAUCUCUUCGAGCUCUAUCUUGAGUAGCUCAAGCUCUUCAAGCUCUACUUCUAGCAUUCCUUCCAGUUCCUCACCAAUUACUUCUUCAUCUCUUGCACCAAGCACCUCAAGCUCUGCAUCAAGUACUUCUUCUACUUUGUCAAGUACCUCUUCCAGCUCCAGCACCAGUAGCUCAAGUUCUUCAAGCUCUUCUUUAAGCCUUCCUAUUCCAUCAACGCCACCAGGCGCUUGUUAUUUCCCGCCCACCGAUACAAACUGCGCCGUAUCUGGCCUAACUCUCAAUUACUACGGCAACCCGACGGAUCCAAAUCUCGCGUAUGGCGGAUAUACCAAUGAUUCUAGUAGCCCCACUGGAAACAGACCGCUUGGUGUAGGCCCUAGUUACUAUAUUGGUCAGCCCUCCCUUGCUCAGGGGUUAACGUCGUCCUUGAGUGUGCCGGCCCGCCCCCGUUCAUGCGCUGGAAACUACACAUCAAUCCAAUACCCCGAGAUCAAUUUUGACUACUACUGCCCCACCGCUACUCAAACGUACGGUGGAAUAACCUAUAACGCCAAUAAUUUUACCCUGGUAUUUACAGGAUACAUCGUACCUCCUACAACUGGACGCUAUAUUUUCUGUUUUCCAAUCGACGGAAGCGGAAGAACCGACAAUGCUGCUGCCGUAUUCCUCGGAUCUUCCAGCGCAUUUCCUUGCGGCCAACCUUCUAAUGUAGCCAGCGUUGCCGCAGCAAACCCGCUGCUUCAAACCAACUGGGCCACAGCCGUGGCUUCUUCUUGUGCUUCAGUGGACCUGGUUGCUGGGUUUUUCUACCCUAUCCGAAAUGUUUUUGGUAACUACGGUCAGCCGUCACAACUCAAUCUAGUAUACCAAGCCCCUGGUUCGUCGACCAAUACCUCCGAUGUGGGUGCAAUAGCAUACCCCAACACAUGCUAG